AUGGCUACUUCCGGAGCCCCAUCGUCUACCAGAAACCCACCGCUGAGGAAUCUGCAAACCAGAUUGAAGGCAAUGCUGGAGAUGUUCAAGGCAAUAACCGCGUUUUCGAACACUUUGGGCGAGGUUACAUCUGUUCAGCAAAUCCAAGUCAGGUUGGAAAAGCUGAAUGAGUUAUGGGAUAAGGUCAACGAUGCUAUCAUGGAUGUAGAAAUUCAUGAAGAGUAUUCGUCGAAGGAAGGCGCUUGUCCAGGUAUAAGGUUGGACUUCACCACCCGUUACUACGAUGCCAAGGCCAGCAUGUUAGACCGGAUAAAGGAGUUGGAAGGAAACACCGCGAACACCAGCGUUCUGCAAUCCACCCGCAUCAUGGAUUCAUCCAUUCAGCCAGUCACGGAACAUGUAAGGCUACCCCAGAUAAGGUUGCAGACUUUCGACGGCAACAUCGAUCAGUGGUUGAGUUUCCGGGAUCUUUUCUUAUCGCUGAUCCAUUCCAAGGUGGACUUACCUGACGUGGAAAAAUUCCACUAUCUAAAAGGAUGCCUAGCCGGGGAAGCCAGAGCACUCAUCGACCCUUUGGCUCUAACGAGAGCCAACUACAACAUCGCUUGGGAAACACUGAUGACUAGAUACAACGAUAGCAAGGUUUUGAAACGUCGACAAGUUGGAAAUCUAUUCAAACUCCCGAAGGUUACCAAGGAAUCGUCAUCAGAAAUUCAGGUGUUGCUGGAAGGCUUCGAACGUGUGGUGCAAACGUUAGAUCAGCUGGUGAAGCCCGAGGAUUAUAAGGAUUUGUUGCUGUUGGAGGUAUUAUGCUCGAGGCUGGAUCCCGUAACUCGUCGUGCUUGGGAAGAGCACAGUGCGCAUCAGACCGAGGACACUGUCAAGGAUCUCACACAGUUCCUUCAAACGCGAGUCAAAAUUCUUGCCUCACUACCAUCAAAAGCCCAGGAUACCAAGCAGGAGCCCUCACAGUUGCCUAAAAAGAACUUCGCCUCGAGAACAAGUUAUAGCGCAGCACAGAUGUCAUCCGGAACGUGCAUCGCUUGCUCAGAAUCUCAUCUGCUUUACACUUGUCCAGCGUUUUCAAGGUUGAAUGCAUCCGCUCGUGACAAAUUACUGAGGCAGCAUUCUCUAUGCAGGAAUUGUUUUCGACGUGGUCAUCAAGCCUCAGAAUGCAGAUCUAUGCAAGUGUGCCGUAAGUGUAGGGGAAAGCAUCACACUUUAGUGUGCUUCAGAGAAGACGGUGGAGGUUAUAGGAAUCCUCAAUCAGCAUCACCCGCCAGAAGAGUUCAACAGUCAUCUCAUCCUGCAGAGACAACAGCAGGAACUGUCUCUUCAAAUGUUGCCAGGAACCACUCGUCGACGAUAAUCCUCGCCACAGCAGUCGUUUUGGUUGAAGACGAUACAGGGAAGGCCUUUCACGCGAGGGCUCUACUAGACUCCGGAUCGGAGUGCAACUUCAUGUCAGAGAGGCUCUGUCAACGGAUGAAGAUCUCCCGCAGGCGUUCAAACAUCUCGGUACUCGGAAUCGGCAAGGCAAGCACAACUGUGAAAUACCAGAUUUCAGCAGUUGUGAAGUCACGUACAUCUAGUUUUGCAAGAAGUAUGGAAUUUCUUCUUCUCCCAGCUGUUACAGCAGAUCUGCCUACUACUAGCGUGACGGUUUCUUCGUGGAAGUUCCCACAGGGUGUGGAACUAGCGGAUCCAGGUUUCUUCCAAUCAAAAUCGGUGGAUUUGGUACUCGGCAUUCAGCAUUUCUUCUCCUUUUUGCAAACCGACAACAAAAUUCCGCUUGGCGAGGGGCUGCCAAUGCUGAUAGAUUCAGUAUUCGGUUGGUUGGUUACCGGAGCAGUUGAACACCAGGGUUCAGCACGGCGCAUCGUUUGCAAUUCAGCUUCUACAGUUCAUCUAGACGAACUUCUCACCAGGUUUUGGUCGUGUGAGGAGAUAGGGUCUCCGAACAUAUUUUCCCCGGAAGAACAACGCUGCGAGGCGCAGUUUGUUCGCACUAUCCAGAGGAGUUCUGAUGGACGAUACACCGUAGGCUUACCGAAGAACGAUGAGAUGCUUUCGAGGAUGGGCGAGUCGCGUGGCAUAGCGCUUCAGCGACUAGAUGGCUUAGAAAAGAGAUUGGCGAGGGAUCCAGAAUUGCGGAAUCAUUAUAACCAGUUCAUGGAGGAGUACGUGGAUCUAGGGCACAUGCGUAGGGCGCAUGUGGGCCCAGAGAAGCGUUGUUAUCUACCACACCAUCCAGUCAUCAAACAGGCAAGCACAACAACGAAGGUUCGAGUGGUAUUCGAUGCAUCGUGUAAGAGCAGCAGUGGCGUUUCCCUGAACGAUGCACUCCUGGCAGGACCUGUGAUCCAAGACGAGCUACGAGCCCUAAUCAUGCGUUGCCGAAUGAAGCGGAUAAUGAUUGUCGCAGAUGUCGAGAAAAUGUUCCGACAAAUAGGUAUCGAUAGAGCAGACAUGCCGCUACAAAGCAUUCUGUGGAGGAAAGAUUCAUCGGAGAACGUGAAAACGUAUGAACUUACCACCGUUACAUACGGUACAAAGCCGGCACCGUUUCUCGCUACCAGAACACUGAAGCAGUUGGCCACAGAUGAGCAGGAAUCAUAUCCAAUGGGAUCCAAGGCAAUAAUGGAAGACGUCUACAUGGAUGACGUUUUGACUGGAACGGAUCAGGCUUCCGAAAAUACUUUUCGGAAGCCUGGAACGGAUAACGAAGAUGCGGCUUCAAUACUCUGCGAACAACUAAUCAGCCUAACGAAACGUGGAGGGUUUCGAUUAAGAAAGUUCGCAUCCAAUUCGCCGACGGCCUUGCGAUCAGUAGACGACGAAGACCUAGCGUUGCCGCACACGACCGAAAUACAAUUGGAUCCAGACCCGGCAGUCAAAACCCUAGGACUUGUGUGGCAACCCCGAACUGACAUUUUGCGAUUCAACUUCACCAUAUUGGUUACCCCGGAAAACGAAAGGCUAACGAAACGGAAAAUUCUGUCGGCAAUCGCAAUGUUGUUCGAUCCACUUGGUAUGGUAGGAGCUGUCACCACAACCGCAAAAAUUUUCAUGCAGAGGCUGUGGAAAUUAAAUGAGAAAGGAAAAAGGCUUGACUGGGAUCAUCCUGUUCCAGUUGAAGUUGAACGCGAAUGGCGUAUUUUUCACCGGCAGCUUCACUUGAUGAACGAGUUGAAGAUACAGCGCUGUGCAGUCGUCCCAAAUUGUGUUAAGAUGGAGCUGCAUUUCUUCUCGGACGCAUCGGAGAAGGCGUAUGGUGCCUGCGCAUACAUCAAGAGCACCGAUGCUCAAGGAAGGAUUUUCGUACAUCUUCUAGCGUCGAAAUCGAAGGUUGCACCCUUGAAAUGCCAGUCGAUACCCAGGUUGGAGUUGUGCGGGGCACUAUUAUCAGCGGAAUUAUCCUGCAAGGUACGAGAGGCGUUGAAGGUCGAAAUGGAUAUGUUUUUUCUGGACAGAUUCAACUUGCGUGCUGCAAUGGUUGAAGGCGAUUCCAACGACGUGGGCUACAUCCAGGAGAACAAACUUUGGUGGAAUGGUCCCGAAUGGCUACUGCGAAAUAAUUAUCCGGAACAACCCAGCAGCUUUUGCACUGAGGGAGCAGAUGCAGAAGUCCGGCAUGUUGCAGUGAACCUGACAACAAGUCAAACCGAUUUUGGAGCAGAAUACGUUGGAAAAUUCUCAUCGUUUACCAAGCUUGUACGCUGCACCGCAUACUGGAUGCGACUGAUGCGUAUUUUGAAGAAAAAUGAGACAAAUCCCAAGGGUUUUCUCACCGUUGCAGAGCUUAGAGACGCCGAAUACGCUAUAAUCCGCCGAAUACAGCUGGAGACGUUUCCUGAAGAAUGGAAGUGCUUGGUCGAAGGAAAGGAUAUUCAUCGAAGCUCGCCCUUAAGAUGGUUUGCUCCUCGAAUUUCUGCAGAGAACUUAAUACGAGUUGGCGGCCGAUUAGGGAAGUCGGAGGAGUCGGAAGAUACCAAGCAUCCAAUAGUUUUACCGGCAAAACACCCUUUCACAGUUCUAUUGUACGAGUACUACCAUCAGAAGCUGAUGCACGCAGGUUCACAGUUGCUGCUCAGCUCUGUUCGUUUAAAGUAUUGGCCACUUGGAGGUCGAAAUGUUACUCGGCAAAUUAUACACAACUGUAAACAGUGUUUCCGCGCCAAACCUAGUCCCAUCCAGCAGUUCAUGGGUGAAUUGCCUUUAGCUCGUGUCACAAGAUCGAGACCGUUUUCCAAGACCGGUGUGGACUACUUCGGACCAGUAUAUGUUCGCUUAGCCCCAAGACGACCAGCAGUUAAGGCCUACGUAGCAGUUUUCAUCUGUCUCUGCACGAAGGCAGUGCACCUCGAGUUAGUUUCGGACCUAUCGACGGAUCGAUUUCUUCAAGCAUUACGCCGCUUUAUUGGAAGAAGAGGAUAUUGUUCGGAUAUUUAUUCGGACAAUGGGACGAAUUUCGUAGGAGCUCGUUAUUUUCUACAAGAACUGCUGAUUCAUUUCCGUAACAGCCAACAUCAGGAGAAGGUAGCCAAGGAGUGCGCAUACAACCAUAUUCAAUGGCAUUUUAUUCCCCCCGCUGCACCCCAUUUUGGAGGCCUUUGGGAAGCUGCAGUUCGAUCGGCCAAGAAGCAUCUUCUCAAGGUUCUUGGAGAAAACGCUGUUUCCUUCGAAGAUAUGAUCACGUUGCUUGUUCAAGUGGAGAAUUGUUUAAACUCGAGACCGAUCACUGCGUUAACCGAUGACCCAGGAAACCUUCAACCGUUGACACCAGGACAUUUUUUAAUUGGAGAACCAUUUCAACAGCUAUCAGAAAGGGAUUACAGCGAGGUACCGAUGAAUCGGCUUAAUCAGAGCCAAGUUAUCCAGAAAAAGCUACAACAUUUUUGGGAUAGAUGGAGAACAGAGUAUCUCACGCAGUUGCAAGGGCGAUACAAGAGAUGGAAGUCACCUGUCGAGAUAACUGUUGGGAAACUAGUGAUUAUCAAGGACGAUAAUCUACCGCCAUGCCGCUGGAAGAUGGGACGUGUUGAAAAGCUGCAUCCUGGAUGCGACGGUGUUGUUAGAGUAGUUACUCUGAAGACAGCUACAGGACCUUCUACGCGCCCAGUUGAAAAGCUGUGCAUACUACCAGAAUCUUUUCAGCCUGAAAAAGAGUACCAACUUGCCCGUGAAAACCAAACAGAUCAGACCUCCCCCUUGUGUUCGUGA